GUUUUUAUCCAGCUUGCAGGUAAAGGGUUACAGAUUCUAGGAAGUAUUAAAUGCAAACUUUAAAGGAUUUUAUUUUCAUCUGCAGUCACAUGACAACUUAAUACCCAAUGACACUAACUACAGUGUCUCAUUAAGAGGUCAUGCAAACUCCCAAGCUAAACAAGGCAUUCUUACAUAUUUAACAUUCAAAUGCAGGAGCCGAGCUAAGCCAUGGAAGAUUAUAAUCAGAAAAAAGCAACACUUCCUGAUCAGGACAAAAGCUACAGGUUAUUCUGGAACGUGAGAACUUCUUGCUGUUUGGAUCUAUGACAACUACAUAGAUGCUAUUCACUCAUUUGAACAAUCUGCACCAAUAUGGAUCAAGACAUUUAAACCAAAUCUUUCAAGCAGUCGAUGGAGUACAGUCUGAAAGCUACAUUUUUGAUCCAGAAGAAUUACAAUCACCUGGAUGCACUCACGAAGGAAACAGCUACAAACAAGAUGAGCAAAGAAGCAAUAAAUUCAAAUUCAAACAGAACCGUGAAAUUAAAGAACAGAAAAAAGAACUCCAGAAGGAUGAGCUAAAUAGAACAGGAAUUAAAAAUCGUGUAAACAGCACAGGGGAGACCCUCUGGAACCACAGAGGCGAUGCUUUUCAAGAUGACAGCCUUGUGAAGUGUGUUGCAAAGCUUGACGUUGCAGUCAAUGGCAGCAACUCCCAUGCUGGUGUGCACCCCACUCUCAGCCCCAGCACAAACUCAGUGAAGGAAGCCAGUGAACAGGGCACCUCCAGCCAGCCAGCAGAGCCUUCUUCAGUCAACACUGGAGACUUCCACUCCAAAUUGAAUGAGUGUGGCCAAGAGCUUGACCUAGGAGCAGGCAGACACAGGAAGGCAGACUGCAAUCAGACAAACAGUAUUCUAGGUGUGAAGCCCCAGUCUGUAGAAGAUAGCAACUUUCCCCAAGGAAGUGCAGUACUGGAGAUCCAAAAUAAUGAUGCCAUAAGACUGCCAGAUAUAGAUUAUUGCCAAAAUGGCAAUCAAAUCAGGAACUAUGUUGAAAAAGAUAGCAUUUCAGUCAACUGUGCACACCCAGACCAAAUGAGUAAGCAUUCAGUACUGCAGGGCCAAGACCUUCAUGUAACCUCACCUUUGCAUAUGAAGAAAAGCAGUAUCGAGCCUUUUAACAGUGACUCUGCAGGCUUGAGUGAGGACAUUCCCAAUAGCAUUGCUGCCACAGCUGUGCCCACAAUAGCACAGGCACCCACACACAACAGCCACAAAGACAUCAAUGGACAAAUUGAGGAGGAAGACGCAGAAGUAGCAGCCGCUUUGGCUGCACUGGAAGCUGCAACUGCAGGUGAAGACCUGGAAGAGGAUGAUGAAUACUAGAUGAAGGUCUCUUUCUGAUAGAAUGGGUGAGAUCCAGAUUUUUUUUUUUCGUGGAUUUACAUGAAUGCAUGUGCUGUUCAUGGGGACAGCUGUUACAAAACCUAUAUAUGAAAAGAGUUGGGACUAAAUCUCUAUCCCUUUGAAUGUUUUAUACAGCCUUCUAACUUCUACUGCCUGAGGCACACACACUCUUCUGUACAGGACAAACCAGGAGGGCAAAGCAUCAUUCUUUACACACAUGAUAUUCUGCUGUAUAUCCACCUCAUCUGGUCUCACACAAACAUUUCCCUCAGUUUUGACUCUCAGGAGGGUCUGCGCACACUGCAUUUUCCAGGUUCAGAAAAAUUCCAUUAUUUAAAACUGAACUAUAGAAGACAUGGAGUUAGAAAUCACAGAUUUUCAUGUUAGCACAAACAAUUAAAACUGACCCACAGCUCUAUAAUACAGCGUGAAAGGAAGAAGGCAGCUAGCUCACACUUCAGUUCAAGCACAGGUGGGUUUAGGAUGAUAACUCUACUUUUUCUGUUACACCUUGCCUGGACUUGAUCUGAUACCCCAGUGACUUGCUUUCAUAGAAUCAGAAUUGCUCAGGUUGGAAAAGACAUUCAAGAUCAUCAGGUCACAACCACAACUUAACCACACUACCUUAACUCUAACAACCCACCUCUAAAUCACAUCCCUGAGCACCACAUCCAAACAGGUUUUAAACACACCCAGGGAUGGUGGCUCAACCACCUCCCUGGGAACCCAAUUCCAGUGCUUAACAA